AUGGCGGUGAAAAUAAGUUUGGAUGGAACAUACAGCAUCCUGGUAAACGGCGGCACGUGGUUUCACAGUGGCAACACCUUCUUCCGGGCUGAUGGACGAAGUUUUUCCAUGAAGGAUGGUUCCCUCAAGCUACUGAAGACAAGCAACAUAAGCGGAAGUGACGUCAUUGGUGACUGGCAAUCUUGGACGUACCACUAUCAGGCAGGUUCUAGUCUGAUUGAUGCCAGCGUCAUUAGAUACACAACACCGAAACUGCCGCUUGUGCUAUUCAGACAGUUACAGAAAUACGUCAAUGGUGCCAACAACACAAAAGCGGCCAACCAGAACUACGUCAUCUCGUCCUUUCCUACCUUCAAAGUGGAAAGCGGUUCUGUGAAGCGAGGCUACCUUUCAUACGGGGGAAUGAUGUUCGGUGAUACUCACAAGAAGAUGGGAGAGUGGGGUGGUCUCCGGACAACUUUAAACAGCGGGUAUACGUCUGGACCGUUAGCAGUGUUCGACAAAUUUGGAAGGACAGUCAUUAUAUCCCCUGCUAGCAAAUUUAUGUCUGCAUCAAUGUGGCACGAAUCUCUGUUUGGCAUAGGGGGCACUGUACACUGGGGAAUUAUGGGAUACGCUGAUCCCAUACCACCGGAACACCAGCUAGAUAUCAUCAUAUACUAUGGUGCAGAAGGAAUAAACAAGGCGUUUGAAGGUUGGGGAGAAUAUUUGCGUUCCCGGUACAACCGUCAUCAACGAUUCGUCGAUUCAGAUUUGACUGUUACCCAUCUUGGUUACUGGACAGACAACGGUGCAUAUUAUUAUUACAACCCAGAGAAUGGAACAAACUUCCAGCAGACGAUACUGGACGUUGUGGCGGGUAUCCGUAAGAGUGGCGUGCCUUUCAGAUACAUGCAGUAUGAUUCUUGGUGGUAUUACAAAGGAGUCGGGAAUGGUGUGAAAACGUGGGAAUACAUUCCAAGCGUCUUUCCUGACGGAAUGCAAUAUGUUUACAAUAAGACUGGAAUGCCAGUGUCUGCUCACAAUCGAUAUUGGGCGAGUGACACAACGUAUGCAAUACAGAAUGGUGGGAAAUAUCUCUUUCUGAUACAGUCAACCAAGUCGUUGCCAACUGAUCAGAAUUUUUGGAACGCACUGUUGAACAAAGCAAGAAAGUGGGGUCUUGUCACCUAUGAACAGGAUUGGCUGUGUGAUAUAUCUGGGCUGGACGUACUGCUCACGGACAUCAGCCUCGGUGAAAUGUGGCUCAAACAGAUGGGAAACGCGGCCGCAAAGAACGGGAUCACCAUCCAGUACUGCAUGUCGAACUCUAGACACGCGCUGACGGCCUUGGAAAUCCCAGUUGUAACACAGAUUCGUGUAAGUGGAGAUUACCAUCCGGGUAAGGACCAGUGGAAGAUUGGGGUGUCGUCCAUGCUCAGUCACGCUGUAGGCCUUGCACCUUUCAAGGACACGUUCUGGACAACAUCUGUACAGCCCGGAAACCCAUAUGGAAAGACCGAACCGAAUGCAGCCCUGAAUGCCGCUGUGGCAACUUUAAGCACAGGUCCAGUGGGACCAAGCGAUAUGAUUGGAGCACUCAACACGUCCCUUAUAAUGAGGAGUGUGAACGCCGAUGGUCUAAUAUUGAAGCCAUCCAGACCGGCCACAGCCAUUGAUGCGCAAAUCAUGAAGCACCCGUGUUUUAUAUUGAAGGCUGCAGUGUCGUCGUUCGACGGGCCACGCGGUGAAGUGUGGUCCACGUACUCUCACGUGGCCGGUCUCACUUUCGGCAUCAUCCUCGCGGCAGACCUGCCAACAGACUACAACAUCACGCCCAGACUAGCGGGGUUCCCAGAGAUGGGGCCAGCUAUGGCUUUUACUUACACAAACCCAAACACCUUGAAGGAAUUCAACGAAACAUCGCCCAUCAAACUGAGAGGGUGUUCCAAGGUGGACUUUUGUAUGCAUUAUGUGACACCUCUUCUACCAAAUGCAUUUGGAAUUACAACUGUAAUUCUUGGAGAACUAGACAAAUGGGUUCCAGUUUCUCCUCAGAGAGUAACGAAUAUCAUGGUAGAUGAUGAUGUCACUGUAAGAGUGACCGGUGCACCAAAAGAAGCUAUAAAUUUCUGGUUUGCAGUCAACAAUAAGCCUUUGUUAGUGAAGUGCAUCUUGGGAAAUAGUGGAUUUGCAACUAUUAGAUUACAUUCUUUGAAUUGUUUUCAAGAAUAAAUGUGAGAUUUUUAUGUGGGUUCUUUUUUGUCUUAUUUACUCAAAUACAAAUCAACAUAGUUAUGCUUAUUACAACUAUUUGUACAUGUAUGUCAAUAUUUACCAUUGUCGAGUAACCUCUUUAAAAGUACAGAUUUUAAUUAUUGUAAACUGGAGGAAUGUGUGCACAUACAUUUUGUGUUGUUAGCUCCCCAACCUAAAGUUGCAAAAUUUAUAUGGAAGUAUUAUUUUCAUUGCCAUGUGAAUUGCAGAUUGUUUACAAUUGUUUAAAUGAAUGCAGUGAAAAUGAAUGUAGUGAAAAGGAAAACAUCCUCUCAUCUCCAGUAAAACAAAUAUUUAAAAAACCUAUAAAACAAAUAUUUUAAAAAACAAAAAACAAUACUAAAAAAUAUAAUAUAACUCAGACAAUAAAAAUCCUUAAAAAUAAAUUUCACAUUGAAGAAUAAAAUAAAAUAAAAAAAUUUUAAAUGGUAACAACUAAAAUUCUGGAAGUAUGUGAACCUAAUUUACUGUUUUUCCAUAAAAAAAAAAUACAGACUGAGGAAUGAACUAAAAAGACUAACAAUCGGUCAUAUAUUAUUUCAUAUAUGAAUCACCUACAUGUAUUUCUCCCGUUCAUAAGACACUCUUUACUGUAACAGGCCCGUAGCCAAUGGGGGGGGUUGCGGGGGUGGUGUCAGUCAAACCCACACAUACACACAAACACCGGUGACAUUUUUUUUUUCUCCAAUAUUUAUCAAUGCAAAAUUGCACCUCAAACUUGCUUCACGCCUUCAUGCGAGACACUUUGUGCCUCACCAUAAGCCUAAACAACCCCCCCCCCCCCCCACCCCUCCUCUCAAAAUCCUGGCUAUGGCCUGGUAAAUAGUUUUUAAAUGUGUGAAGAUUACAGAGAUCAAUAGCAGCAGACUUCUGACAAAUCCACUAGCCCUUGGUCUCGGCUGUGCUACUAUAAUAAGCCAAAGCUUCUGUGAGGGCUAGCGACUUAAUCCAAUAUUUGUUGAACAGCUGUAUAUAUACAGCACUGGCACUAGGAAUGUAAUCAACAGAGUAGUCUGGAAGGGACAAAAAGGAGAUUCUUAUAUGAACUGGCCCUCAUACAAAACAAACUUCCAUUAUUUUACAAAGUAGUGGCCGGAAAAGAAAACAAAAAUCUAAAUCUGUUGGUUCAUAACAUUAUGUACUGCAUGUGACAAACCUUCACAUGGUCCAAAGAACUCAAAUAUCCCAUGACUGCAACACACAUUGGUCACAUUUAUACGUAAUAACCUAAAUAUAAGACAUUUAAUAUUUAAAAUAUGUUUAAAAUCUGAUACAUAACACACAUGCAGUGAAAAGACACCUCUACGCUACACCGGCCUCGGUGGCGUCGUGGCAGGUCAUCGGUCUACAGGCUGGUAGGUACUGGGUUCGGAUCCCAGUCGAGGCAUGGGAUUUUUAAUCCAGAUACCGACUCCAAACCCUGAGUGAGUGCU